CGGCAGUGCACCGUAACGCUGGUUGCUACCCGCUAUUAAAACGGAAAAGAAGAAGAAUGACGACGUUCGUGUCCGAUGGGUGGAUUUUCUGGAUUGUAAAGGCACUAUUGCGCAAGGAAACCUUGAUUUGUGAAUGACCAAAGCUGCUAAGUGUUUCUGUAUGGCGGGGCGGAAAAGGAAGACACCAGGAGCAGUAGCACUUCAACCAGCGGCCAACGAUGACCGACGAGGGGACGUCCAAGAUCCACCUGCUCCAUUAAAGUCCAUUCUUGCCCAAAACGAUCCAGACGCCGAGGUCCCAUCCGAGAUAGAGUUUAGUUAUUAUUUCAAAAAUGAUAGACGUGAACACAGACUGGGGGAGGAUUUUUUCGACCAGCCUUGCAUCGGCUUGGCUAAAGCCUUCCUCGGCAAGGUGUUGGUGCGCCGCUGUGCAGAUGGUACAGAGCUCAGAGGAAGAAUAGUGGAAACCGAAGCUUACCUUGGAGGGGAGGACAAAGCCUCUCAUUCAGCAGGUGGUAAACGCACAGAGAGGAACACAGCGAUGUACAUGAAGCCAGGCACAAUAUAUGUCUACCCAAUAUAUGGAGUCUACCUAUGCACGAAUGUGUCGAGUCAAGGGGAGGGUGCCGCGGUGCUCCUGCGCUCUCUCGAGCCCCUUGAGGGUCAGCCGCUCAUGAGGCAGCUGCGGGCAGCCAGACGCAGAGAGGGAGCGCGUCAGCUGAAGGACAAAGAGCUUUGUAACGGCCCCUCCAAACUAUGCCAGGCCCUAAAUAUACCCCGCUGCUUCGACCGUCGGGAUCUUGCCUCGGACCCGGAGGUGUGGCUGGAGGGGGACCCCGAAGCAAGCCCGCUGGAGCCCCGCGACGUGGUGUCGGCGUCCCGCAUUGGAAUUGAUUCUCAUGGGGAAUGGGCCUCCAAGCCCUUGCGUUUCUACCUCCGGGGUCACCCCUGUGUUAGUGUGGUGAACAAAGAGGCAGAGAGACAGACCGAGUGAAGCAAUACUGAAUCAUUUGGAUUCUACAGAUGGACUGAACACGAGUACCCUGCUGCCUCUCAUGUAAAUACAGCAAAUAUACAGGUCAUACCUUUUCUCACCAGCAUUUUGAUUUUGCAGAUAAUAAAAAGUCCUACAAGAAUGUACUUUCAAAUUAUUAUGUAGAACUAGGAACUUCCAGAAGGCCAAAAAUUUAAAAGAAAAGUGAAUGGCGAAUAGUUUGAAGUGUAAGCUAGGGCUGGUCUGCAAAAACCAUAAAAUUGGGGCUUAUUUUGUGCCCUUUCAGUUGUGGGAAAAGAGUCAAAGAGAACACAUGUUUCACAAAGAC